AUGCUUCAACCAUCAACACCAACAUCAUCUUCACCAGAUAGAGAUGAUAUUCGUACAAAUGAAUCUCUUUCACAAUUACGUGUUAAAAUUUGUUCGGUACGUUUACCAUCAUCAAAUAAACUUGUUGAUAUUUGUGUUAAUAUGGAAGUUGAUAAUAAAUAUACAUAUCGAACAGAAAUUAUACGUAAAAAAGGUAAAACAACAACAACAACAACAACAACUAAUUCACCAAUAAUACUUAUUAAUGAAUCAUUUGAUGUUCUUGUUACAUCAAAUUCAAAAAUCAAAUUAAAAAUUCUUGCACCAACACGUCUCUUUGGUAAUCAUGAUAUAGGACAAUUACAAUUUAGUGUUAAAACAAUUAUUAAUGAAUAUCAUUCUUCAGAACAAAUUAAUAAUGAUACAACACCAUCAUAUCUAGUUAAAUUACCAUUUAAUAAUUCGACAACAUCAACAUCAUUAUUUCGAUCAAAUGAAAUAAAUAAUCUUGCAAAUGGUAUUGUUGAAUUGAUUUUUUAUGGUUCUCUACUUAAACAACAUAAUGAAAAUCGAAACCAACAAGAUACACAACAAUCACGUCCAUCAUCAACUCAUUCGAUGUUAGAAAACGGUUCUGAAAUACAAAAUUCAAAUGAAACAACACGUUCAAUGAUAUCACGAUCAGUAAAUAAUACUAAUACACGUUCAAGACGACGUCCAUUAGAUAAUCAAACAAAUGGUACGAUUGUCGAAGGAGCUGCAGCAGCUGCUUCUGUCAAUUCUGAUGUACAAACAGACUUAUCAACAGAUCAAACAUCAAUAACAAAUGAAACAACUUUAGCACAACUUAAACAACAAUUACCUCCAGGUUGGGAAGUUCGAUUUGAUAGUCAAAAUCGUCCUUAUUAUGUUGAUCAUAAUCGUCGUCGAACAACAUGGUUUCUUGAACAACAUGCACUUCCACGUGGAUGGGAAGAACGUACUGAUCCACGUGGACGUGUCUAUUAUGUUGAUCAUAAUACACGAACAACAACAUGGACACCACCAACUGCUACUCAUUUAUCAAAUGUAGCUCAAUGGCAAAAUCAAUAUGCUCGAAGUCAUUCGGUAUUCAAUCAAUUUGAACAUCGAUUUCUACCAAAUUCGGAUACAAGUGCGACUUUAAAUGAAAAUUCAGAUUCUACUGAACAAUCUCUACCAGAAGGUUGGCAAAAAAUGCAUGAUAAUCAAGGUCGAACAUAUUUUGUUAAUCAUAUAUCUAAAACAACACAAUGGGAAGAUCCACGACGAAUGGAUAGUAAUAUAUUUGAUAUGCCAUUGCCAAAUGGUUUUGAAAUGCGUUAUACAAAAGAAGGACAAGUAUAUUUUCUUGAUCAUAAUACAAAAACAUCAACAUUUCGUGAUCCAAGAGCUAGUCUUAUGCUAUCUAAUGAUGAAUCAAGUGAUGCUACUCCAAAUUAUCAACGUAGUUUUCCAAGUAAAAUUCGACAAUUUCGUUAUUUAUGUUCAACAAAUUCAACACCUGGACAAUUAAAAUUAACUAUACGUCGAGAUCAAUUAUUUCAUGAUUCAUUUACUCAUAUAAUGCAAUGUCAAUCAAAUGAACUUCGUCGUCGUUUAUAUCUUUCAUUUAAAGGUGAAGAAGGUCUUGAUUAUGGUGGUGUUGCACGUGAAUGGUUUUUUCGUUUAUCACAUGAAGCACUUAAUCCAAUGUAUUGUCUAUUUGAAUAUGCAAAUAAAAAUAAUUAUUAUCUUCAAAUAAAUCCAGCAUCAUCAGUGAAUCCUGAUCAUCUACAUUAUUUUCGAUUUAUUGGUCGUUUUAUUGCUAUGUCACUUUAUCAUGGAAAAUUUAUUGAUAAUGGUUUUAGUUUAGCAUUCUAUAAACGUAUGCUUGGAAAAACAUUGACAAUACAUGAUUUAGAAUCAUUUGAUCCUGAGUUUUAUAAUAGUUUAUUAUGGAUACGUGAAAAUAGUGUAAAUGAUAAUGAUAAUCUCGAAUUAUAUUUUAGUACAUCAUUUGAAUCACUUGGAAAAAUUGAAAAUAUUGAAUUAAAACCAGGUGGAAUGGAUAUUAAAUUAACUGAAGAAAAUAAAGCUGAAUAUAUCGAAUUAAUGACUAAUUGGAGAUUUACACGUGGAGUUGAACAACAAACAAAAGCAUUUUUACAUGGAUUUAAUGAGGUUGUUCCUCAACAAUGGAUUCAGAUAUUUGAUGAACGUGAAUUAGAAUUACUUUUAUGUGGUAUAUCAAAAAUAGAUAUUCAUGAUUGGGAACAUAAUACGAUCUAUAAGAAUUAUACUGAAACUGCUAAACAAAUUCAAUGGUUCUGGCAAUUUGUACGUGAAAUAACUGAUGAACAACGUGCACGUUUAUUACAAUUUGUUACUGGUACAUGUCGUGUACCGAUUGGUGGUUUUUCUGAAUUACUUGGAUCAAAUGGUCCACAAAAGUUUUGUAUAGAAAAAUAUGGCAAAGAUAAUAUAUUACCUCGAUCUCAUACAUGUUUCAAUCGAUUAGAUUUACCACCAUAUAAAAAAUAUGAAAUAUUAAAAGAAAAACUUUUAUUUGCUAUUGAAGAGUGUGAAGGUUUUGGUCAAGAAUAA